AUGGUUGCGGAAGCUGAAAUUAUAUGUCAACCGAGUGUUUCGAUGUUGGAUGUAAAGUAUCGCCUUUGCGUUGCGCAAGAACAUAGCGUCAAGGUUGAGGUUUCACCGAAAUCUCCUUCUCCUUCUCUCCCAAUCUUUGGCCAUGCUGUGAGUUGCUCUGAGAUCAUGAAAGAUUCGAUAUUGGAGACCCCUGCGAAGAUGUUUAUCCCAAAUGUGCGUUCUGGUAGCUAUGCUGAUAUUGGACCACGGGGAUCGAUGGAUGAUGAACAUAUUCAGAUAGAUGAUCUAGCUUGCCACCUUGGGUUUGUGUUCAAGUACCCGAUACCGAGUGCGUUUUAUGCGGUUUUUGAUGGGCAUGGAGGGCCUGAGGCUGCUGCGUUUGUUAAGAGGAAUGCUAUGAGAUUGUUUUUUGAAGAUGCUGAUAUGCUACAAUCGUAUGAUACUGAUGCCUUUUUUCUAGAGAAGUUGGAGGUUUCUCACCGGAGAGCUUUUGUACGGGCUGAUCGUGCCUUGGCUGAUGAACAGAGUGUUAGUAGUUCAUGUGGGACUACAGCACUGACUGCCCUUGUGCUUGGAAGGCAUUUGCUUGUUGCGAAUGCUGGUGACUGUCGAGCAGUACUUUGCAAGAGAGGUGCAGCUGUUGAGAUGUCUCAAGAUCACAGACCGAGUUAUUUACCAGAAAGAAGGAGAGUGGAGGAGUUAGGCGGAUUCAUUGAUGACGGAUAUCUCAAUGGUUAUCUCUCGGUAACUCGUGCCCUUGGGGAUUGGGACUUGAAAUUUCCACUUGGUGCUGCAUCUCCUCUAAUUGCUGAACCUGAUGUUCAACUGGUUACAUUGACAGAAGAGGACGAGUUCUUGAUCAUUGCGUGUGAUGGGAUAUGGGAUGUAAUAUCUAGCCAAGUUGCAGUUAGUCUUGUUCGUCGUGGACUAAGAAGGCACAACGACCCACAGCAAAGUGCCAGAGAUCUAGUCAAGGAAGCAUUGCGCCUAAAUACAUCAGAUAAUCUCACUGUGGUUGUUAUAUGUCUGUCACCUGUUGAAAGCUUUGCUGAAUCAUGUCCGCCACAGAGACGAAGAUUCAAAGCUUGCAGUAUUUCUGAAGAGUCUCGUAAUAGAUUGAAGAGCUUAAUAGAGGGAAAUUGA